CAAGAUGGCGGCGCCCACGUUGCGGUGCCUUUUCAGAGGCCGGUGGUCUCGUACCCCAGGCCCGUCAGCAAACUUGCCCCUGGGGCUGCGUAAGGCCCACUCGGGCGCUCAGGGGUUACUAGCGGCGCAGAAGGCUCGGGGUCUGUUCAAGGAGUUCUUCCCGGAAAGAGGUACGAAGGUGGAACUCCCGGAGCUCUUCGACCGUGGCAUGGCGGGCAGCUUUCCGCAGACCAUAUACUGCGGCUUCGACGCCACGGCCGACUCGCUUCACGUGGGGCAUCUGCUGGCACUGCUGGGUCUGUUUCAUUUCCAGCGAGCGGGUCACAAUGUGAUCGCGCUGGUGGGAGGUGCCACGGCGCGCCUGGGAGACCCGAGCGGCCGUACCAAGGAGCGCGAGGCGCUGGACGCAGAGCGCGUGCGAGCCAACGCCAGCGCCCUGCGCCGAGGGCUCGAGGCCUUGGCGGCUAAUCACCAGCAGCUCUUUACUGAUGGGCGGACCUGGGGCAGCUUCACCGUGCUGGAUAACUCGGCCUGGUACCAGAAGCAGCACCUGGUGGACUACCUGGCGGCUGUGGGCGCUCACUUCCGCAUGGGCACGCUGCUGAGCCGGCAGAGCGUGCAAACGCGGCUCAAAAGUCCGGAGGGCAUGAGCUUGGCCGAGUUCUUUUACCAGGUGCUCCAGGCCUAUGACUUCUAUUACCUGUUCCAGCGUUAUGGAUGCCGGGUCCAGCUGGGCGGGUCUGAUCAGCUGGGCAACAUCGUGUCUGGAUACGAGUUCAUAAACAAGUUAACUGGAGAAGACGUAUUUGGAAUCACCGUCCCUCUAAUUACAAGUACAACUGGAGCAAAGUUAGGAAAGUCUGCUGGUAAUGCUGUCUGGCUAAACAGAGAUAAGACAUCUCCAUUUGAAUUGUAUCAAUUCUUUGUCAGGCAGCAGGAUGAUUCUGUGGAAAGGUACCUGAAGCUCUUCACUUUUCUGCCCAUUCCAGAGAUUGACUCCAUUAUGCAGCUGCACAUCAAAGAGCCAGAAAAGCGAGGUCCUCAGAAACGACUUGCUGCAGAAGUAACAAAGCUUGUUCAUGGACGAGAAGGACUGGAUUCUGCUAAAAGGUGUACACAUGCCCUUUAUCAUAGUAGCAUAGAUGCACUGGAGGUCAUGUCUGAUCAAGAGUUAAAAGAGUUGUUUAAAGAAGCUUCAUUUUCAGAAUUAGUUCUUGACCCUGGAACAAACGUCCUUGAUAUAUGCCGCAAAGCAAAUGCCAUUCCAGAUGGUCCCCGAGGGUAUCGGAUGAUAACAGAGGGAGGAGUCAGCAUAAAUCACAGACAAGUAACAAAUCCUGAGAGUGUUUUAGUUGUCGGACAACAUAUUCUCAAGAAUGGACUUUCUUUACUUAAAAUAGGAAAAAAGAAUUUCUACGUUAUAAAAUGGCUUCAAUUAUGAUGAAAAUUUCUUCUGGUUAUUCAAACAAACUUAUCCAUCAUUCAUUCUCAAGACAAAUGAAAGGUUGGUUCCAAAACUUAUGCUUUCGCUUAGGCAAAUAAGAAAGAGAGUGGAGUAUACACUAGACCUCACAGUGUGAGUAAUUUCAUUAUUUUUAUGGGUUGGUUAAUAAAUAAGGUGUUUGUUUAA